CAUGGAGCAAACACCACGGCUUUUGACUAAUUUGGAUGGAGCCACUGACGCCAAGGAAAAAUGUCCUCGUCCGUCCUUGCCCCUGACGACCCGACAUUGCCAUUGACACAGACAUCGACCUUGGCCUUGACACUGAUACUGUCAACUUUAACCCCGACCGUCGCGAGCGCAACUUUGUUGCAACAUCCCACCCAUUGGAACCUCACGAGAUAAGCUUUACCAGCUCCCGAACUGCAUUUCGCAACGCAACCGCUGCCGGCUUUCCUUCUUCCGACUUGCGCCGACUGCGACCGCCUCUACUGCUGGACACAAGAGAGAGAACCAGCAAAGGAGACGGACACAGAGAGAGAGAGAGAGAGAGCUUGUGUGUGUGUUCGUGUGUGACCAGAGAGAGAGAGACACACACACAACCCCCCGCCCGCUUGCCCAUCAUGGACGUCGCCCUCGAGAUCCUCGAUCCCCUCGUCCUGGACAAGGCUUACGCCUACUUCGUCCCCGCGCCCACGACGGCUUUCAACGCGACCGGUGCCGCCGCCGCCGACUUCGACUCGUCCACGACCGCCCUGUCGCCCCUCUCCUACGGCUCUGCCUGGCCGCGCGACAGCAUCCUGCGCCAGUGCAUCUCGCUCCUCGUCAUCACCCAGAUCGGCGCCUCGCUACUCUACUGGGUCUUCAGCGCCCUCUCCUACUACCUCAUCUUCGAUCGCCGCCUCGAGUACCACCCGCGCUUUCUCAAGAACCAGAUCCGCCAGGAGAUCAUCUCUUCCAUGAAGGCCGUGCCCGUCAUCGACGUCCUGACCCUGCCUUUCUUCCUCGCCGAGGUCCGCGGCAAGAGCCUGCUCUAUGCCCGCGUCGAAGAUUACGGCCUCUGGUGGAUGGGCGUCUCGGCCCUGCUGUUCAUGGUCUGGAACGACAUUACCAUCUACUGGAUUCACCGCCUCGAGCACCACCCCUCCGUCUACAAGUACAUUCACAAGCCACACCACAAGUGGAUUGUGCCGACGCCCUGGGCCGCCCUCGCCUUCCAUCCUCUCGACGGCUUCGUGCAGUCCCUGCCAUACCACGUCUUCGUCUUUAUCUGUCCCGUGCAGAAGUACCUUUAUCUGUGUCUCUUCGUGCUUGUCCAGAUCUGGACCAUCCUCAUUCACGACGGCGACAUGAUCUCCGGCCACUGGCUUGAAAAGUACAUCAACAGCCCGGCCCACCACACCCUGCACCACAUGUACUUCACCGUCAACUACGGCCAGUACUUCACCUGGGCCGACACCUACUUCGACUCCCACCGCGCGCCCCAGCCUGAGCUCGACCCCCUCCACGAUGCCCUCAAGGUGAUGCGCGAAAAGGGCCUAGUGGAUGAGAAGGGCAACCCCAUCCCACAGGAUAAGAAGAAGGACCAGUGAGAGCAUGGGGUCGACAGGAUUUCUGGAUUCUUCGAGCGCGAGAGAGAUUUUGGUUAUUUUUUUGCGUUGGCGACCUACGACCGACGAACGAACCAUUGGCAAGAAGAUUAAGCAUGGCGGCACGGCGAAAUACUGAUGUUGAGAUGAAGUUUUCAUUUCAUCCGAGGAGGAUACCACAAUGAGUCCCUCCACGCUGUUCAUCCACCAUAGUUCCCUGGUGGACUUUUUUUUUCUUUUUGUCCUCUCUCUCUCUCUCACUUAUGAGGAAAUGAGACAAUAGAAUACAACUAUAAUCAUAAUCAAGCGAAAAGAAAUAACAUCAAUUAGUUUUCAU